AUGAAUAAGGAACAUUUCUUCAAGACUGAACUAAAAUUACGCCAAACAUACCCAGAAGAAAGAUUCGUCGGUCAGUACAUUUAUACGAAACCCGUCCUAGUGCUGCAAGAUUUGGAACUAAUUAGAAACGUGACUGUGAUUGACUUUGAUUCGUUCGUUGAUCGGAAUGACGUCGAUCACUUAAAUGUUGAUCCAUUUACGGCUAAAAAUUUGUACAAUUUGAAAGCCAACGCCUGGAAAAACAUGCGUUCGAUAAUCAGUCCAGCUUUCUCGUCCUUUAGGAUAAAAAAUAUGAUACCCUUAAUGGAGCAAGCGGCGGAAAGUAUUGUCACAUCACUACUGUCAGGCAACACUUUUAAGACUAUGGACGUGGACGUCAGUGCCUUCACAAGCUCAGCAGUUAUGGACGUGAUGGCGAACUGCGUGUUUGGUUUGAAAAUCAAUUCAUUAACAGAUCCAGAAAACGAAUUCAUUCAGAUGGGAAAUGCAGUUUCCAAUUUAAACGACAAGUGGUUUAAGGAUGAGUAUAAGCAAUACUUUAUGAAGUUAGUGUUAAGCUCAAUAAGACACAGACAGUCAAACCGAAUCCACAGACCUGACAUGAUUCAUCACUUCGGGGAGGCGAGAAGAGAUCGGCUGAAACAAAGCGAAAGAAGUGGAGGUACCGAUAAAGAAUUUGGUUUUGCUUCUGUGCCUGACUCGCCUAUGGAGAAAUUAUUAUAUAGAGAAUUGACCGAUUUUGAUUUGGUCUCUCAAGCGGUUUCGUUCUUUGCGAACGGUUACGACACGGUCUCAUCUACGCUGUCAUUUGCACUUCACGAGCUGGCACUUCAACCUGAAAUUCAAGAGCGUCUGGCGCAGGAGAUCAAGUUAGAGCACGCUAGACAAGGCAAUAAGGUGACCUUGCAGUCUAUCCAGAAUAUGGAAUACAUGGAUAUGGUGAUAUCCGAAACCCUUCGCUUAUGGCCACCGCGAACGAAUCUGCAAAGAUUGUGUACUAAGGAUAUCAACAUAGGAAAACCUAACCCUACAGCAACUGCAGAUUACAUUGUACGAAGAGGUGAAACUAUUACGAUUCCCAUUUGGGCUAUUCAUCGCGAUCCUAAUCUUUUCCCAAAUCCUAACAAAUUCGACCCUGAACGAUUCUCCGAAGAGAACAAAGCCAAGAUUAAUCCUAUGUCUUACAUGCCCUUCGGUGCCGGCAGUAGAAGUUGUAUAGGUUCAAAAUUUGCUCUUUGCGAGUUGAAGGUAUUACUAUACUAUAUCUUAUUGUCUAUGGAAGUAUACCCAUCAAAGAAGACUUGUAUUUCAUCAGAACUGGCUUUAAAUGAUUCGGGCUUGCAACUAAAAGGCGGUCAUUGGUUAAAGUUUAAAGUUCGUCCUCAGGAAUGA